UGACUCUAUGACUGGGGGGUUCACCCUGGCUCCAUCCUUUGCUCUCCAGUUGUACAAGAUGGGUUCAUUCAGAAGGCCCAGACCUCGUUUCAUGAGCUCCCCUGUGCUCAGCGACUUGCCACGUUUCCAAGCAACCCGGCAAGCUUUGCAGCUGAGCUCCAAUUCUGCAUGGAACAGUGUUCAAACAGCAGUGAUAAAUGUGUUCAAAGGGGGAGGCUUGCAGAACAAUGAACUUUACACCCUCAAUGAAAAUAUCAGACGGCUGCUGAAGAGUGAACUUGGAUCCUUCAUCACAGAUUACUUUCAGAACCAACUCCUUGCGAAGGGCUUGCUGUUUAUAGAGGAGAAGGUUAAGCUGUGUGAAGGUGAGGAUCGCAUUGAUAUCCUGUCUGAAAUUUGGGAUCAGUACUUCACAGAGACCCUUCCCACACUCCAGGCAAUAUUUUAUCCAGUCCAGGGUCAGGAAUUGACUAUCCGUCAGAUUGCUCUUCUUGGCUUCAGGGACUUGGUCUUGCUAAAAGUGAAAUUGGAAGAGAUCCUACCUCUGGUCCAGACAAAACUCCCAGCUUCCAUUGUCCAGAUGCUAUUAAUUCUACAGAGCGUCCAUGAGCCUACUGGCCCCAGUGAGGGCUAUCUACAGCUGGAAGAACUGGUCAAACAGGUGGUAUCACCGUACUUAGGCUUGUGUGAUGAUCACAGCUUCUCUGGUAGCACCUGCUUGCUUGAGAGAAGGUACUCCAGAUCACGUCCUAAGAUUGGUAUACUGAAUUAUUCCUCUCAAAUGGUGACGAAUCGGCAACCCAGCGAGAUGGCCUUAACACCACUGACAGAGCAGGAGGGUGAGGCUUACCUGGAAAAAUGUGGUAGCAUUCGUCGCCACACUGUUGCCAAUGCUCACUCAGAUAUUCAGCUCCUGGCGAUGGCCUCCAUGAUGCACACAGGAAUGGUCAUUGAAGAGUCAGACAGUAAUGACAAAUGCCUCCUCCUGCAGUCCAGUUUCAGCCACAGGCAGUGCUCUAGUGAGCCCAGUAUUGCUGAUGGGCCCGAGGCAGUAAUGGGAGCAGGUAGACCGGACGCUGCAGAGCUGAACUGCACAUCAGUCAGCUAGAAGAAAUCUUGCAGAAGAGACAAGAACUGUGUGCGCUGUAAGCUGGAGAAACUAUUGUGUCAUGCCCACUGGGAGAAGAGGAGAAUGUGAUCUUUGUUCAUGUCAUUGAAACGGUUGGGUGGCGUGUCAUAUGUGUCUCCAGAAAUGCUCUCCAGAUUUAAAUUUCUUGACUGUCUAGGAUCAUUGUUGACAGAGAUACCUGGCUGUUUCCAGACGAGCAUUGAGAGAUACAAAGGUUUCAUUGCUGAACAUCACAGUCUGUCUUCUGUAAACUUUCUUCCUGUACUAGUCCAUACUUUUUGGCCUCAAGUUUCUUUGGUAUGAAACAUACUAGCCUUAUUCUGCUUUUGUCCAUCUUUCCCAGUUCUGUUCUGCUUGUUUGCUCUGUGCUUCUGUAGCAGAAAGCUCUGUACUAAACCUUCUUUUUGCUUCUGGCACUAGGAUGGCAAUGGCUGAGGACUGCAUUUCCCUUUUUAAAGCUGAACUCAGGGAUGAAACCACUUGCAUCUUGCAGAAAAAUCUGCUCAAAUACCUUGUGAAAGAAGGAGGUCCUUUUCUUUGCCUCCCAUGAGCACGAAUAAAAAGUCAAAAUCUCAGCAAGCCUGAAUAGAACUGUAUGUGCAUGGAGGCCCAGUUGAGUACUUCAUAUGUACUUUAUUUGAUUCCAGUGGUAUCUUUAGGAGUGGUAAAUUGGGUGCAAAGGCAGGUGGUAAAAUGGAGGCAAAAUAUAGUACUGAGCAUCUUUGCAUUUGUCAUCAGUUUGCUCUCAAAAGGUCAGUGUUGGUAGGGCUGCACUGAAGGGAGAAAUCUAAAUGGGUUCCUUCAGAAAGAAAACAUUUAAUAGAGUCUGCACUUUUGUUGUGAGGAUAACAUAAAGGUGCUUUUCAAGACUGAACCAUCAUGAUUCCAGGGCAUGAGCUGAUAUACAGGAUUUCAUCCUUGGGACUUUCUGGUACUUCUAGUACUUGUGGAUUUUGUGAGACCAAAGAUAACCAGCUAGAUGUAGAAAGGUAUCCUGUCUUUGCAGCAUAUUCGUGAAGUGCUUCUGACCUCCAGUGGUGUUUGAUUCAGUGCAGUGUUUCUUUUAAGAUAAAGCAAGGGCCAUCUGCAAUCUUUGUUUUUGUUUUAAUGUUGAAGAUCAGAAGUGGGUCCAGUACUCAAGAAAUGCAAAUGUGUGUGUGUCAGCCACUGCAGUCCACUUUAUAGCAUCACUUGGUACUCAAAGGCUGCUUCUGUGGGAACAUAACCAAUCUGUUCAAGCAGACCCGUGGGAUACUCUGCUGGUAUCUUGCUAAGUAGAUUUGCAAGUGUAAUUACAGGCUUAGAGGUGAACUGAAAUGCUGCUUUAAAUGUCAAAUCCCAUUAAAAAUAUGGAUAUAACACCACUAGAAUCCCCUCCCUGUGGUACUGACUAGAAAUAAAUCUAUCUUGACAAGGAAAGCAGAAGGCUGGAUGAGCCUUCAGGACAUUUUUUUUUGCGUGCCAUGACAUUAACUACAGAAUCUGCCCCGUUUCCGUUGGACAUUAGGUGUCAUCUGCUCCACCAUCUGCAGUGGAAGUGCAACUCAGACCUGUCAGGAUCUGGCCUUAGCAACAUGUGCAGCAAAAAGAAAGCAAAUUAUUAGCUUUUGUGGUUUGCAGUUGUUGAAAGAGAUAUUUGGAAAGGGCCUGCUUUUUCUUGCAGUUACUUAAGGCACCUUAGCUGUUGGCCUUUGUAGAAAUGCAGUGUUUUGGUCACCAGCCAUGCUUACAGAUCAAAGAAUAGAGAUGUAGCUGUGCUGUGUGCCUCUUAAAAGGAGUAUGCAUGGUCUGGCAGAGGUCGGGAAGAAGUGCUUUUAAGCAGUCUUCCCUUUAGAUGGACUCUAGACUAAAUUGCCUUCCUACUCAUAAAUUUGACUGAUCAGGCCAAAUUAUUACCUGGUGUCAUCUGCCCAGGAUGGCUGUGGAUUGUGGUGGGACUCCACAAUCUCUACAGUGACAGCAGAACCUGGUAGUCUGUGCUGGUGUUGCCUUGGUGCGAUCCCUCCAGCCUGGGGCAGAUGAAGCCGUCCUGCUCCAAGGGAAUUUUGUUGGCUGCUUGCAGUGAUUUAAUGCCUUCUCUUCACCAUAGUAGGACAUGUGGGGAAGUGAUUGCUCUGCAGCAUUUCAGUUCACUCUUACAGAUACUUUUCUUCUCUGUUUCUCCACUAACCCAUUCCCUUUUGUAACUAUCCAAGUGACUUGGAUUUGUGAAUGGAGUCUUCUUUUAUGAUGAAAAUGAGAAUGAAUUAUUUAUUUCCUGACGUAUCUUGGAUCAUCAUCUCUGGGGCUAAUAGGAAUCUAGUCCUGGUUUUGACUUGAAUUUCUUUUGUUUUACAUGUCUAUAUAAUUUGUUUUGUUUUGACUUUGUAUUGGUUACUUUGCAAAAAUUUGCACCAAGCCACUCUGAAUCAUGCACUUCCCCUGUUGUUUUGUUUUUAGGGAGAAUUAA